CAACUCCCGCGCGCGGCGCGCCCGGGCGCCUGCCUGAAUGCUGUGGACGGCGUCGACGCUGGCCCGCCAUGCCUGCCUCCGUCUCCAUGUCCAAGCUUCUCUCGCCGCCAUACUACACCUCAUACACGUCUCUUCGCCGCCUCCCUCGCCACGCCGUACCAGCACGCUUCGCUCGGGACCCCGGCGGCCCCCGAUUCGCGCAGCCGCGGAGUUUGAGGCCGAGUAGCCGCUUCGCCGGAAGCUGUCACACCGGCGCGAGCUCCGAAAUUAGCCUCGCCGUGGACGGCGGCGAGGGUACCUCCGCCGGAGGAUACGAAGAUGGAGGCCUUCCGUUCGUGAAUCUGUCCUCGAGUAUCUUCCAGACCGAGCUCGGCUUACUCAAGGACGACGCGCUGCCGGCUCCGCAGAAAGGAAGCAGAGGAGAGGAUCACUUGGAAUCAACCCCUGCAUACCCAGCCGCCAUGAACGCUCUGUACGCGGCCUUUUUCGCCGGGAACGCGACCGAGCACCUAUGGAACUUCACCUGGCCCGCCGCAGUCGCCACCCUCCAUCAGAGCCUCCUUCCCGUCGCGGUCCUCGGAUUCUUCACGAAGCUCGUCGUGUUCAUCGCAGGUCCACUGCUAGGGGAGCUCGUGAGCUCGCUGCCUCGGAUCCCUGUGUAUCGCUCUCUGACUGUAAUUCAGACUGCGGCGCACUUGGUGUCGGCGUCCAUGAUCGCGCACGCCUUCACCAUGCCAAGGGCAUCCACCACGAUGAAGCUGCUCUUGCGGCCGUGGUUCGCCAUGCUGGUGGUGUCCACGGCCGUCGACAGGCUCUCAUGCGUGUCGCUCGGCAUCAUCGCGGAGCGUGACUUCGUCGUGCAGCUAGCAGGGACAGGCAGACCGAUAGCUCUCGCGCGGGCUAAUGCUACUCUCAGCAGGGUCGAUUUGAUCUGCGAGACAGCAGGCGCGUCAAUCUUUGCAUUCCUUCUCGCCAAGAACGACCCGCUGACCUGCAUCAAGCUCUCCUGCCUCAUAUCGCUCUCUGCUCUGCCUGUUCAUAUUUUCAUGGCAGGCACGAUGAACCGACUCGCCGACGGAGUCUUCGAUCACUCUGAACAAAGAAGCUCACAUGCCGCUUCUAGUUUCCACAUCUGGAGGAUAGUGGAAGAGGCUUGGGCUACCAUCAGACAAGGGUGGACCGAGUACAUCAGCCAGCCGGUCCUCCCGGCGAGCCUCGCCUACGUGCUCAUCUGCUUCAACGUCGCCCUCGUCCCCGGCGCUCUCAUGACCACGUUCUUGAUCCAUCACGGGACGACCCCGUUGGUCCUCGGCGCGUUCGGCGUCUCGUCGGCGCUGAUGGGGAUUCUAGCGACGUUCAUGACACCGAGCCUCGUCAAGGAGCUCGGUCUCCUCAAGGCCGGAGCGGCUGGGAUUAUCGCCCAGAGCGUGCUCCUCAGCGCCGCGGUCCUGGUCUACCUGACCGGCUCCAUCUCACGGCGAGGCGCCCUCUUCGCCUUCCUCGGUCUGAUUGUGGUAUCGAGGCUGGGGCACAUGGCGUACAGCGUGAUCGGGCUGCAGGUGGUGCAGACCGGGAACCCCAUGGCGAAGGCGAAGCUGAUCGGAGCAACGGAGGUCGCCGUCGGCAGCCUUGCGGAGCUUGGUACGAUGGCGGUGGCAAUGGCCGCCAGGGACGUCUCGGGGUUCGGCGCCGUGGCCGUGCUCUCGGCAGCUGCCGUCGCUGCGGCGGCCUGCCUAUACUGUGGUUGGUUGGCCAAUCCCCACAGACGAAGUGAAAAUGCUCUUUCCGCUCUGAUGACUUGCGAAUGAGCUCUCUGUAUUCAAGUAAUCAAAACGAGGAUUUUUACAGGGAACACAAACAUACGAAUCUGCAUAGGUUGCUCUUUGGAUGCUCUACGGAAAUAUUGUGUGAAUAUGGAAACAGAAGGUGCAUACAAGAAAGAAAGGAAAAAUUCAAUAUACUGCUCUCCUUCCUAGAUA